AUGCCGUACGUGCAGUAUCAAUACGCCAACUACUCAACAAACUACAUCUCCUGGGGCAAGGGCAGUGUCCGGUUGCAGCUCAUCAACCAGCGCUCUGACUUCGCCUUCGCCCUCUUCACCGGUGGCCUCGACAACGUACGUGAUUCAACAGGACCAUUAUCGCUUCUAUAUGUAUCAAAGUUGCUACGUACUCCAUUAUCGACAACCUAA